AUGUUUCAGACGUUUUGUUCCAGAGGAGCGGAGCAGAAAGUCCCAAAAGUGUUGAAAACGGCUGAAGGAUCGAACCUUGAUUGUGCACUCUUGUUGAAGGAACGCCGCUUUAUUCCUCCACACCAAGAGUAUGAUUCGUUUGCGGUGAUGACGAUUGCUUUGCAGGAGUCAGCAUCUUACACAGGUUCUGGCAAAGCUUUUGUGGACCGGAAAUUCCUGCAGCUCGGUCGUGGAGAUCUAUGUAUUUUUCAAUAUGAUCUGUGCCACGGUGUUGAUGUGCAAGAGGGAUCUCAUCUGGAGCUGGUAUUGCACUUCAAGGAUUCUCCGCAAGCAGUUGCAGAUGGAUCCUGCCCGUGGUAUUCGAAGAUGGUGGAAGUUGGGGAUCCUGACGGGCUCUUCGGUCAUGCGCUGUCUUUGGUGAAGAAGGACUUUCCAGCAGCCAAAGAAUUUGUGGAGAAGGCGUGUGAGCAGGAUCAUGUUGAAGCGCUUUACACUGCUGCUGAAUGGUUUUGGGAUUCUCCAUUUGGACUUGAGGAGAGUCAGAAUUCCUCUGCGUCUGUGGAGCUGUGGCGUCGUGCCGCCGAGCUGGGGCAUUGCCGGUCAAGGAGUCGCUUGGGCAGCUUGCUGAUGCAGGGCGUGCCAGGCCGCUUGCAGCAGGAUAUUUGGGAAGGCAAACGGUUGCUUCGACUUGCUUUUGAGCAAGACGAUCCUGAUGCCGCGUUUCACUUGGGCCAAGCCUUGCUGCAAGAUGGAGACCGUGAUGGCGUGACCAAGCUCUUGGCAGCCUGCGCCAAGGGUCAUCCCAGGGCUUGCUUCCAGGUGGCUGAGUUGUACCGGGAGGGCCAAUUCCAGUUCCCCAAGGACCUUCGGCAAUCAGUGCGCUACACGAAGUGGGCGGCUCAUCAAGGAGAUGCACAGGCAUUGAGCAACCUCGGCCAUUUGCUCAUCAAUGGUAUGGGAGUGGUGAAGGAUGAAGCCAAAGCAGUGAGAUUGUUUCGUCAUGCUGCAAAACUCGGUGCUGCAGAGGGAAUGCUGAACUAUGGUUUGGCAUUGCUUCGAGGAAGUGGCGGUGUCAAGGUAGACUACCAAGAAGCUUUGGAAUGGGCGCAGAAGUCUGCAGCGUGCUGGGGCACAGCUUGGCUCAUCAGCAGUGUCUUGGUGGAAGCUUUCGUGAUUGAGGCUGAACUUUCCGGCAUAAAAGCCUUAAAGAUUGUGAACUGA